CAGCUGAUUGGAGGAAGCCCUCAGGUAUUGAUCAGCUGAUUGGAGGAAGCCCUCAGGUAUUGAUCAGCUGCUUGGAGGAAGCCCUCAGGUAUUGAUCAGCUGCUUGGAGGAAGCCCUCAGGUAUUGAUCAGCUGCUGCUGGCACAGAGAGGUUCCUCUUCUCCACUAAGCAUAGAACUGAAUUGGUGAGAUGAAGCAUGCUCUCUAGCAGUCUCUCUCUCUCUCUCUCUCCUCAGAUGUGUCUCUUCAUCAGAAUGCCAGGGAGCGUCAGGACGUCUCUAAGGUGUCCAGGGAGGAGCUGGAGGAUCGGUUCCUGCGCCUCCACGAGGAGACGCUGCUCCUCAAACAGAAAACACACAAACAGGACGACAAGAUCAGGAAGCUGGGCACUAAGUUGAUGCGUCUCCUGAAGGAUCGUGGUCGUAUGGAGCGUCUGGCUGGAGGUCAGGCUGGAGGUCAGGCUGGAGGUCAGGCUGGAGGUCAGGCUGGAGGUCAGGUGAUGCGUCUGCGUGACGUGGAGCUGGAGGAGGUGAUGGAGGAGCUGCAGGAGCAGGUGAGAGGCCUUCAGGUGGAGAACGUGGGUCUGAAGCAGCGCCUCCUGGUGGCCAAACAGCAGCUGCUCACCUCCCACAGCAGGAGGUCUCCGUACGGCCGCGCCCAAUCACGAGUCAACACGGGGGUAAAGAAGGACGACGCCCCCUCCCUGACACACCUGAGGA